AUGAUAACGCAAACCGUCAUCUUCCUUACCCUUCUUAUUUCUUUUUAUUUCCUAGUGUUUGGUUUCUCACCAAAACCAGAUUUUGCUCGUGUGCAACAUCUUAGGUAUAGAUAUUUCUAUAAUCGCAAUAGCAAAGUGAUCAGCGAUCCGAGUUACGAACUAGUCUGUGACAAGAACAAAAGCGUGUUAUAUCUGAACUAUGGGAGGCAGCUAGUAGAGGCCAUUUAUGCCACUAACUCUACCACCACUCUCCAAUCCAUCACUGCUGGAAAUGACAUCAACAACUGCUCCGCUAUCACUCGUACAUACGACAACUUCACCCACGUUUUCUCAUCAGCAAAAGAGAUGGAACUGAGCGAUAAAAAUUAUCGUUUUUCUGUGGGUGAAGUAGUGUUUGUCAGCUGCAAAAAUCCAGUUCUCUCUCCUCUGAAUGAGAAUAUUGUGGCGCUUUGUUCUGCUGAAGAGCCAGAAGCGCAAUAUUCUUAUAUGCUGAAGCAUUAUCCAAGGGCAUCUGAUGUGGGAGAGUCCUGCAAAAUAGAUUUGAUGGUGAAAAUGGUGCCAUGGGGACCGAUGACAUGUAAUGAGAAAUGCUCAUAUCAGAAACUUGAGAGUGAAGUGGUAAAGGGGAUUCACAUCAAAUGGCGUGCUGAUCGCUGUGGAGUGGCGAACGGAGGGGAACCUAAUUGCUGGCUAGAAAAUGCCACUAAUAUGAUUCUCUGUCAUCAGGAUGCAGGACAUCCUAUUUCUGCAAUGUUAAUGGAAUCCUCUUUGUAUUACUCGAUUACAGUUGCCUUGUGGUUUGCAGCAAAAUUUGCUUUUGGAUUCCCAAUUUUUGUGGGGUUUCUAAUAUAUAAAAUGAGAAGGAGGCAUUUAUCUGAGUACGAUGACAUUGAGGACUUCCUACGAAGUCACAGCAAUUUAGUGCCUAUCAAAUACUCUUACUCUGACAUAAGAAGAAUGACCAAAAAUUUCAAGCAUAAGUUAGGAGAAGGGGGUUAUGGUUCUGUAUAUAAAGGAAAGCUUCGAAGCAAGCGUGAUGUGGCUGUUAAGCUAUUAGGCAAGUCAACAACAGAUGGGCAUGAUUUCAUCAAUGAAGUUUCCACCAUUGGAACUAUUCGUCAUGUAAAUGUGGUGCAAUUGAUAGGAUUUUGUGCAGAGAGAAGAAAGCAAGCUCUUGUUUAUGAGUUCAUGCCAAACGGAUCUUUAGAUAAAUACAUACUUUCUCAGCAUGAAAAAUCAUCAAUAAAUUAUGAGAAGAUCAAUGAGAUUUCUUUAGGGGUGGCUCGUGGGAUUGAGUACCUACAUCAAGGUUGCGACAAGCAAAUCCUACACUUUGAUAUCAAACCUCACAAUAUUCUUCUUGAUGAGAAUUUUUCUCCCAAGAUUUCAGACUUUGGAUUGGCAAAACUAUAUCCAACAGAUAAAAGUAUUGUGUCUCUAACUGCAGCUAGAGGCACAAUGGGAUACAUGGCUCCUGAAUUGUUGUACAAAAACAUUGGAGGCAUCUCACACAAGGCUGAUGUUUAUAGUUUUGGGAUGAUGCUGAUGGAAAUGGCAGGAAGAAGAAAGAACUAUGAUGUUGUGCAGAAUUCAUGGCAGACUUACUUUGCGAAAUGGGUUCAUGAUCAGUUUGAAGAAACAAUAUUUAAAAGCAAUGCCACAGAAGAAGAGAAGAAGAUAGCCCAGAAAAUGAUUACAGUUGCUUUUACUUGCAUACAGCUGAGCCCAAGUGAUCGCCCCUCAAUGGGCAGAGUAGUGGAGAUGCUUCAAGGACAUGUUGACGCCUCAGAGAUCUUCACAGCAUAGUACGAGAGACAGUUCGAUUUUAGCGUAAGAUGUAUCAAAAUGAAAUAAUAU